AUGAACGCCGAAGCCCGCUCCCCGCACCACCAGCCGCCACCGCACAACCAACCCGGCCCAUCGCCGCAGCCUCCAGAAGCAGCACAACCGCCAUGGCCUCCGGCAGGCUCCUCCACCAACGCGGCCAUCUCAGCCGCCGCACGAGCCCAACACCACGCCGCCGCUGCCCGGGGCCGACGACCCGGCAACCCAUCAGAACCCAGACGCAGCAACCAGGAGCUCCUCGUUACGGCCGCCGCCGCUUCCCGUGGACACCGCCCGGCAAACCGCCGCACUGCCUCGGACCUAGGCGGCACCACCGCCGCCCCGCGCUGCCGGGAGAGGCCCUCCGCGACACGGCCCGCCGCGCCGCCCAGCGCGCCCGGAUCGGGCCGGAAGGCCCGCUCCGCCCGCCGGCACCAUCGGCAGCGCCACGACCUCGCACGGCCACCGCGCGUCGCCCGCAGACAGCCACGCCGUCGCCGCUUCGCCGUCGCGCCCGCCGACCGUCUCGACGCCCGAGUGAGCUCCCUCUCACCAGGGACGCGGGAGGGAAGAACCGCCCCGCCGCCUCCUUCCCCAGGGAGCGCUUGGCUUUGCCGGCCCCCCUCCGGUGGCGGCGAGGCAGGGGAGAGAGGGGGUGGGAACUAG